CUAUACCUGUACUGCGCAUGCGCCGUAGCUCACAUCAGUCAGGCUCACAUCGGCCUCCAUUUUGCGGUAGUUUCUGCAAGCCAGCUGCUCCCAUUCGUAGGGCAGCUUCAGUAAAUAAAGUGCAUAUUGGGAUUAUUUCAAACUGAAGGGGUAUUUUCACGGACUGAAACGAUGGCCGAUCCGUCUGCUGACUUGAAGGUUGCGGAGGGCGCAGAGAUCCGCAAACUGUCUGAGCUGAGAGUGAUCGACCUGAAGGCCGAGCUGAAGAAACGGAACCUGGACACCACGGGCGUCAAGAGCGUGCUGUCCGAGCGGCUCAAAAAGGCAAUUGAAGAAGAGGGAGGAAAUCCUGAAGAGAUUGUUGUUGCUCCGGAGGCAGCCCAGAAGAAAGCUACACCCAAACGGUCCUCCAAAGAUGCCAGGCAAGAUGAUGAACCAGAACCAGAUGGCAGCACUAUUGAGGAGGAUUCCCGCGAUGGCCAUGACGAGCUUCAGGAUGAUCAUGAUCAUGAGAACAUGCAGGAAAUGGAUAUUCUUGACAUGAACAUUCUGGAUGAGACAGAGAAUGACAAUGGGAUACCAGCCGAGGAUGAUGAGGAAGAAACCCAGAAUAGUCACUAUGACGAAGACGCACUGUUGAACGAAGAAAACGACAACAGGACCUUCGAGUCAGAAGACGAAGCAAGAGCUCCAGAGCAGAUGGAGGAGUCAGAGAUGUUAGAUAAGGAUGAGUACAUGGGCUGUUCAUCAAUCAAAAUGGCUCAGGAUCCAGAUGUAGAUGACGCAAAUGAAGAAACAGAAAAUGACAAAGUAGCCGGGUCUUGUUUAUCUGAGCCACUUAACGAAGAUCACCACCACGAGACGAGCCCUGAAGAAGAGCAAGCGGCCACCGCCGGAGGGGAAGACAAUUUGUCCGACACCGGCGCCAAGUCCGACGACAAGGCCGCCUCUGGAGAUGUGGAGAGCGACCGGGAUGUUGUGGAGACUGACACCAAAGAGGUUGGGGACACAGAGAACGCCCCAGAAGAGACAUUGGAUGCUGAAAACAAAACCUCGCAGGCUGUUAGUGUAAGCGAACAGGGCGCUGUGGGUGAAACUGUUGAUUCAGAAAUGGGGUCUAUGAAGGGUGAGGAGGAUGAGAAGACAGAAGAGAAAGCUGCUGCGGAUUCAGCCUCCACAGUGAAAGAGUCCUCUUCUGUAGAGGGCGAUGAUCAGAAAAAGAGCUCUGAGGAGAACGAUGUCAAGACAGAGUCAAAAGAUGAAAAGGCCGCUGGAAGUGCUGCAGCAGGCAGUAGCAGGAAUCUGUGGGUCAGUGGUCUUUCUUCCACUACAAGAGCGACUGAUCUGAAGACUCUCUUCAGCAAAUAUGGCAAGGUUGUUGGCGCUAAGGUUGUGACCAACGCCAAGAGCCCCGGGGCUCGCUGCUAUGGUUUUGUUACCAUGUCUUCCACAGAGGAAGCCACCAAGUGUAUCAGCCACCUUCACAGGACAGAGCUGCAUGGCAGGAUGAUCUCUGUGGAGCGGGCUAAAAAUGAGCCUGUGGGGAAGAAGCCAGCAGACAAGAAUGACCCCAAAAAGUCUGGCGCUGACAGGAGACACUCCUCUGAUUCUAAAUCUGAUGGAAAGGAUGACAAGCCAGAGGAAGGAAAAGAUGGAAAAGGGCGGAAUGAGAGGACUGUAGUUAUGGAUAAGUCCAAAGGAGAGCCUGUCAUCAGCGUCAAAACCAAAAGCAAAGAACGGAGCACAAAGAGUCGGGACCGCAAGUCACCCAGUAAGGAGAAAAAAGAAAUCCUGUCGUUUGACCAGAUCAAGGAGCAGAGAGAGAGAGAAAGACAGAGACAACGAGAGAGGGAGAUCAGAGAGGUGGAGAGACGCAGAAACACCGACCGAGAUCGUGACAAUCGCCCAGACCGUGAGCGAGAGCGCAUUCGUCUGUUCCGAGAGAGAGAGGAGAGGAAACACUUGAUCCGCAAGAGGAACUGGCUGGAGAGUUUUGAUGAUGGGUUUGAUUCCCAGGCUGAGAAACAGCGGCUUGAUGCCGACCGUAUGGAACGCCAGUUCUUGGAGCGGGAAAGGCUGCGUAUCGAGUACGAGAGGCGGCGCGAGCAGGAAAGGAUCCUCAGGGAGCGUGACGAGCUGCGUCGGCAGCAGGAGCAGCUACGUUAUGAACAGGACCGGCGGCCUGUGAAGAGGCCUUACGACAUGGAUGGCAGGAAAGAUGACUGGCCUGAUAAGCGCAUGGCCAUGGAUGAUCGUUACAGCCGUUCAGACUUUGGUCGUUACCAGGACUUUGACCACAGAGACCGUGGCCGUUACCAAGAUGACAUGAUAAUGGACAGGCGGGAUAACACUCGAGGUGUUGCUGCAGACAGAGAUGGUCAGCACUUCUCAGACCGCUCUGACAGACAUGGCAGAGAGGGCCGAGACUCCUGGAGUGGUGGAGGCUAUGACAAACGCGUUAACCCCAGAGAGGGAGGUCGUGACUGGGACUCUGGACGGAAGAUAGAUGGAGACAGAGCAUGGCAAAGUAGAGACGGUGCCAUCCCAGGCCAGAGCCAUAUGGCACGUGGAGGAAUGGCAAGUCGUGGCGGCUACAUGAACACGGGAACGUCUCAGUCCCUGUCUGGAGCUCUGAACAGACAGAACCAGCUGAUGCAGGGCAGCGGGCUGCAGGGAGGAGCUUUUGGCCGACGCUACUGAUGUCAGUCUGUCUGUCUGACGGCAGCAGUGGGACUGUUUCAGGAGGCCACAUCACAACGGAUGUGACCAUCUUGUUUUGUAAAUUUUUUUAAAAUCAGGAAUUUUUUUGACACAAUUCCAAUUAAUUUCUGAUGUACACAUUUAUUUUUCCGGUCGCUUCUGCUAUUUUUGUGCGUGUGUGUGAUGUAGUGAUCUCCUGCCUCAUAUUUAUCAUUCAGUCCAACCCACCUUGUGCAUAUGACACUACUGUCACGUACAGAACUUGUUGUUUAUGCAGGUUGGCCUGUGCUGGAGAGCCGCGUCAGAGCUCUGUGUUGUGACUUCAGAUGUUUUACAGACACCUGGGUUGAUGGACCUAACCUCACCAGUCUUCUCUCUGUUUCCCAGUUUGUGUCUGAAGCAACCUGGAAGUUUUCCAUUCUCGUUAAAUGAGCCGAUUUACUUGUUCAUAGCUCGAGGCUCCUUUUUGGCGUCAUCUUUUUAAAACACAGAUGUUUGCUGCUGCUGAAUUGAAGGUUUUAAACUAAAUGUCACAAUCUGAUUAUCCAUGCUUGUCAGACCUUUUUUUUUAUAUUUCUAUCAGUGCUUUUUUUCCACUGAGUUAUAGUUAAUGCUUUGUGUGAUUGUUGGAUAAUGGUAAUAAAUGCCCGGAGAGUGUACCAGUUUGCUGUCUAUUGCUUGAGAUUUGUUAUAAAAUCUAAAACUUAAUGUAUGAUGUUUCAGGCUACGUUUAUUGUAAUUGUCCUUCUUUUGAUGGUUUCUGGUUCAAUUUAAUGCCAUGUCUGCGUCAGUGGCAGUUGUCAGCUGCUGGCGUUUAGUGGAGCUCCGUUGUAAAAUUCACAGGGUGAAAAUUCCUUCAAUAAAAUAUUUUUCAUUUUUUUGCAGUAG